UCCUAAUGUGAGUUUUGAGAAAAAAACAGGAAUUCUGAAAAUCCAGAAAGACAGAUUGGAAACAUGAUCGCCAAGAAUUAAAUCUAAGUUUUGUAGUCUCAAAUUUUGGCCUUAGCCGAAGUUUGGAAAUAAUAAUAAUUAAGGGAAAAAGAAAGGUAAGGACAACAAAAUGAUCCUACAAAACCUUCUUUAUCACUGCCUCCAAAAUUUAGUCAAUAUAUAAAAUCAUACAAGACCGGAGUAAAUUAAUAUAUGUAUAAAUGCAGAUCAUGUAGAUAAUUGAAAUUGUAGACGCCUCAGAGUUCCUAAGUGAAAUCUCCUUUGCAGAUUCAAUAACCAUGUUCUGGAAGAAUCUUGACUUAAAGGAUCUAGCCCUUUUUUGUGGCUCAUAAGAAACUACAGGAAUCUAUCUACUGAGAUGAAAGAUCAAAGUUAAUAAUAGAAUAAUUAAAAGAACACAAAUAUCAAGCAAG